ACUCCCUCCUCUCCUCUUUCCCCGCCCUUCCCGCCUUGUCUUCCUCCCCGACCACUCCUCCCGACGGCACCCUGCUCCCUCCUCCCGUCUCCUCCCCCGCCGGUAACUACUCCGCAUCCAAAUCGCUUCUCGAUCCGCUCCAUUUUCGGUUCAAUCGAUCGACCUUACCCACCCCCAAAUGGAUCGGCAGGCGGAUCCGGUUUCUUGAUUCAGAUUCGACCUCGACAGCCAAAACCAAAGGCAUUCCACAUCCUCGGGGGCAGCAAUGGGGAUCUCCAAGGUGACGGGCAUCGCCGCGACGGCGCUCCUCGCCGCGUCGCUCGCGCUGCGGAAGGCCGGCGCGAGGACCGCCGCCACGGCCCCCGUCCUCGCCACCAGCUGCGUCGCCUACGUCGUCACCGUCGCGUCCCACACCGCCGUCAACGUGCCCUGGAUCCUGGGCAAGACCGCGGCGGGCCGGUUCCCGCUCUGGUCCGCCCUCCUCUUCGGCCCCUUCCUCGUGCUGGCGCGCAACUACGCCAAGGUCAAGAGGUUCCUCAGGAAGGAGAACGUGUUCGACGAGAUCGCCCAGGGGCUCUACCUUGGCGGAUGGCCGUUCUUGCCCAAGCACCUGCCUCCCGGGGAUCCGUCUGUCGUGGAUUGCACCUGUGAGCUCCCCAGGAGCGCGUUUGUCAAGGUGGAUGAGUAUAUUUGCCUUGCUACCUGGGAUACCAGGGCUCCAUCGCUGUCCCAGAUCGAGUUCGCGGCCCGGUGGGCGUGCGAGAAGAGAGCCCAGGGGAAGCCGGUCUAUGUCCACUGCGCAUUUGGUCACGGGAGAAGUGCCUGUGUCAUGUGCGCAAUCCUAGUGGCGAUGGGCAUUGCCGAAACUUGGAAAGACGCCGAAAACAUCAUCCGAGGAAGGAGGAAGAUCAAAAUGAACGCUCUUCACCGCAAAACCUUGGAAGAUUGGUCCAAGACUCGAGUUGUCCAGAAAAAGCAAAAUUAGCUGUGAGCCGAUUUCUUUCUUACACGAUAUACUUGUUCCGUGAGGUUAAAGACGGUUCACAACACCGCAGACCAUAUUUUUUUUAGGAAUACUGUAACAUUCUUUAUCGCCAAUCCAUAUGUCAAUCAUUUGUGACACGAGGAAAUCCUUCCUUUGGUAACUCUUUUA